CACAACACGUUGAGUAGGACAUGCAACAUGAUAGAUUGGUUCGAAACUGGAUCCAGACUAUAAAUAUGUACUAGCGCAGAGCCGAAUCUCUGUCGUUCGUGGUGAAACAUCUGUGCUGAAUUAGCACUCACUACGAAGUUCUUUCUGGAGUUGUGUGAACUCAAGGUGUCACAUUUUUCAAAAGAAUAUCUCUUCGGAACUUAUCAAGCAUCAUUACUGCUACUGGUCAGCAAUGUAUGGAUUGCACGAGAUGGACAAGAGUGUGAAAUGUGAGAAUGCAUUAGGUUGGAUGUAUCGAAUUGCGGAACACGUGAAGAGGGCUGAAGCAGACAGAAAAGUACCUUCCACUUACAUUCCAGAAACUGGUCACUCUGGAUUACUUGCGAACCCACAAGGAACCUUCAAAAUCGAGGCAGCUGUCAAAAGUUCUAACGGUGGCAAUGCAACGCAGCACCCCGAUUGGAACCCCGCCUCUGUGUUGCAUAAUAUUCAGAAUUAUCAGAAGCUAGGUGAUCCCUUAUUUUGUUGGCUACUGGCCAGCGGUUACGGAGAUCCAGUUACACAAAUAGCUGACCGUCAGUUGGCGGAUACUGGUGCACCAGCACUGGCUCUGAAUGCACAGCUGGUACUGUGGGAGUAUGUAAAGAUGCUGUCGAUGCACUUAAACCCCAACCUUCACAACCUCCCUGGAUGCACCAAUACACUGAAAGAUUGGCAAGAUUUGGUAUGUUUGUCUCAAAUCAAUCAACGAUUGCCUUGUUCUGCUCGCUUUUCCGAAGCCAAAACUCCUUUGAACGAGAAUAAUCCUUUCACCAUAUCCCACCUGGCCCAGUCUUCCGCCACUCCUCAACCUAGUCGGACAAUGGCACAUCCAUUCUCGAGCGAUAGUGUUCUUGAGAACGUAGUCGCAAAUCCAAGGGACCAACAGUGCAGCAGAAAAUCCCAGAAUCCUCAGUCCACAGAGACCUACGCGUUUUUCCAGCGAUCUCUGACUUCUACCAAUCAGGUCUUUCAAAAUCAUCCGACCAGGUUAAUCAUCUCUUCAAGCGGCAAACAGCGAAAACGGCCAAAGUCAAGUAAGCUGGAUGAUUAUCAGUGGGUCAGCAAGAAGACGAGUGUCACUGAAAGAGAUGUGAAUGCAAAUGACCUAUGCCAAUCAAACACAGUACAAUCAGAAGAUGAAGGUGACAGAACGCCGACUUCUUCAGAAUCCAGCAAACCUACAGACGAAGGGGGACUGCUUCCCUCCGGUGCUCGGAUAUGCCAACGCAUUGUUGGUCGCCGUCCGUCUUUCCGACUGUCCCAAUUUUUGCGGCAUCUACUCAACAAUUCCGAUUAUAACCCCGAUUUGAUCUGUUGGGUGGACAAAACUAGGAACAUGUUCAAACUGGUGAACAGUGCUGCGGUCGCCAGGCUUUGGGGAGCACACAAACAGAAGCCAAACAUGAACUACGAAACAAUGGGCAGAGCAAUGAGGUAUUACUAUGCACAAAAUAUCCUGCGGAAGGUAAAAGGACAACGCCUGGUCUAUCAGUUCCUUGAAGAGCCAAGAGGAUAUACUGGACGCGUUUCAUUGGAUAUGUCCUCUUCCAGAGUAGAACUCAUUCACCCCACAUGACCAUGGCAAACUAAAAGUGCAUUUGGCUGUUCAGCCAGUGACACCAUAUCUUAUUCUUUCCAAGCACCUUUUGAGUUUCUGCACAAACACAUUUU